AUGCGGUGUCUCCUCUUUGCCUCCCGCCUGGCUCGCCUUUCCUCGCUCCGGGCAGUUUCUGAGGAUACAAAGGCUCGGCUUGUUUUGUUACAGUUCAUUCUAUUCCGCGCCGCCGAGCGCAGCGGCCGGCGAGAGGAGACGCGCGCGCAUGCGCCCCGCGACCGCCUGCCGGCCGGCCCGCCCCACCCCGCCUUCCUGAAGUGA